GCUCCUGUUUCGCAGCUGCUGCUCCUUCUCCAUUGUCGCUGCUCCUGUCUUGCUGCUGCUGUGACUUCUUCAUCGGUUCCUCGCAGGUUUUUUUCACGAUUUCAUUUGGGCUUGUGUGGAUGAGUUUUUGUUGGAAGUUUCUGUGGAUGAGAUUUGUAUGGAUGGGUUUACAUUUGGUUGCGUUUGGGUUUGUAUGCCUCGAAGAGCAGUAUCAUCCAGAGGUAGAGGACAUAGCCAGCAUCUGUCUAUGAAUGAAAUAGAUGAGGCAGUACAGGUGCAUGAGGAAAUACUGGAGCACACUCCACAAGCAUUAGGGGGCCAAGCAAACGCAUCCUCAUCAUCAUCAGUUCGAACUAGAGGUCCGAAUUUGGGACAUCCUAUCCCAUCAAACCCGUCUGAUCGACAAUUGAUUAGAUUGAAAGGAACUAUUUUUUUAGAUUCCACAGUUACUAGAUCAAUUACUAAUGACAUUAAGAUGCGCUAUACUGCUCCAUGGAAAACUUGGUCAGAAAUACCUUUAAAGAUAAAAGACGAGCUCUUCGGACUUUUUCGGAGUCGAUAUGCAUGGGAUGAGAGUGAAGAAGGUAUGGUUCGAAUUGCUUGGAAAAAGGUAGGUAAAGAAAGACUGCGAGACAUUCUUAAUAGAGUUAGGAGCGAAUUGUUGCGCAAGCACAAGAAGACAGAUGUUGCUUAUCUAUACAAUUUGGGACCAGAUUGAAUGGAGGCAGAGAUAUGAAAUGAACUUGUUGCAUAUUGGAGUACACCAGAGUGGAGAAAGAAAUCAGAAGCUGGUAAAGCAAAUAGAAACGUAGAAAAAGAUGUGACUAUUACGAAACACUCUGGUGGUUCAAUAAAACUGGAGGUUCAUGAGAAUAGAUUGGCAAAGAAGUUGGGUAGACAACCAACUCAACUUGAACUAUUUCGUGCAACUCACACAAAAAAGGGGAGUCAAGGUGUUUAUAUUGAUGGAAAAUCACGACGAGUUGAUAAACUCCAACUACAUCUUUCUCAUGCACAUCAGCUCAUCCUGGAGGACCUUCUCAAACUAUGUUUUCUUUAGAGGAGGUUGAACAAAUAUUAGAGCAAAACCGGAUUAAAAUGAAACAAGACAUGGAGCAAAUGCAAGAGCAAAUGCAAGAGCAAAUGCGAGUGCAGAUAGAAAAACAAAUAAAAGAUCAGAUGAAAUCAUUGAAGAACAAAAAUAGAUCUUCACCGCAUAACACAACUGCAGAUUCAGAUGGU